AUGUCUGAAAAUUCCCUGCCGUGGUCCAUUACCAGCACCAAGCGCAAAUUCAAGUCAGGGCUGCUACCCACGCCUGCAGCUCGGAAGCGGCGACGGGUAAGUGAAGCACCGGACGGCACCAAACCAGCACGCACAAAAAGUCAGCGGACUUUGACUCAGGCUCGAUGGUUGACUACUCUGCCUCCGAGUUACAAUGAUGGCGACAUGCAAUUGCUGGAUGAAGGGCAGCUGCGAAAUGGGCAACAAAAGAGGGAAUCCAGACGCAAUGUGAAGAAACGCGAUUCUACCUUGACUCAAAUCGGCUUUUUCGGCUUUCCACCCUCCGAACAGCAGGACUUCGACCAUACAAUGGUUACAUCUCCCGAAGGACGUGCUGUGCCUCAACUAGACGGAACCCACGACAGUCCAAGGAAACCCCGAGCCCGCAAAGUGACCCCAGCCGUGGCCGUCUCAUCCUCAAAGCGAAGGGCCGCACCGGAGAGCCAAGAAGAAUACAAGUCUAGAACAAGAAAAAGGAAGAGUGAGCCUGCUGAACAACAGCCAAGUGGCUCAGCGAAGAGAAAGUCCAGGCGCCUAGCGACGAAGAAUGAGGUCUUCUCAGACCCGGUCCAGAAUUUCGACUAUUUCGCACAAGCACUGCCCUCUCCUGCGCCCGUUGACAAGGACGAGAACACCGACGAGCCUUUCAACUACCCGUUGGAAAUCAAGGACUCCACAGAGAUAGACGAAGAUCCUUUGCCAGAACCACGUCCGGCUUCACGUCCCUCGUUGCUACCAGAGACUCCGAAGAAAUGUAUUGUUUUGUCAAGUCAAACACCGGAAAGUCUGUGUGCGAGCACACGGAGGACGAAAGGAAGGAUCUGUGAGACUCCGACCAAGGCUCAGCGAACCCCACUGGCUGAGCGCUCGACCAAUGUGCCCGUGUAUAAUACUUCUAGAAAAGCCGGGACGAGAGGUCGGACUCCCAAGCGUCACUCGCCGAAACGCAAGGUGAUCGUCCUGAAGCUGCCAAAGCGUAAUCAACAGCGGCAUGCUACACGUAUCGAAGACUCUCAGAACUUGUGGUCGAUUCCAUCAUCUUCGCCCAAACCCGGGACGAAUCCUACGCCGCCUCCGCUGGCUGCAGUGGUACGCGGCACUGAGGGCGAACUCGAGAUUCCGGCAACAAGCCAGGCACAGGGUACCCAGGAGAGCCCUGUUGGGAGCCAGGACAGUCUACCAAGCUUUGCUAACCUCUUCUCCGCACUGGGAAGUGGUGGAGCCAAAAUAGGUACUGGCGCCCAUCCUCACUCACCAGGGGCUUUUGUAGAGAAAGGGGAAGGCAUUAUUGUAAGAGAUUUUGCUGCUGUCGCUCCGUGCAGUGACCCUCGCCCCGGCUCGACUGAUGCCGAGCACCCGCGGUCGCCAUCUCUUCAAGUCAAACUAGCACCAGAACUAUGCAACUUCACCGACAGAACUUCAAACAUUAGUGACGAAGACUUUGAACAGCUGGAUUUCGGCUCACCCGUGGCGAAUGAUACGCAGUUCAAUGUUCAGGUGCAGCAUCGCGUUUCCUCCCCCCUCCCGUUAAAGCGAGCACCGGGAACUCCAGAGGCAGUGAUCGAUCAUUCACGUCCGUCAACGCCGACAUUGCAUGCAGCUGGUGUCACGUUUGGUCACGGGCCCGACACUUAUCUUUCUGAUACUGAGAGAGUAGGCUCGUCACAGUCCCCAAUUCCAGCCCCUAGAUUGGUGCCGCGAUCCAGCGUUGACCCGGAUCAUGCGGGCGUCGUGCUGGACGAUGACGACUUGAACGAGGUGCCUCUUCCGAGGACGCCUGUGUUUAUCCAUCCAGCAAGUAUCCGUCGCACAACUAGUACCCAAGCGCCGCUGAAUGACGCCUCAAUCGACUCAUCCUCGCCCCGACUGCGACCAGUGCGGAGCAAUACACAAAAGUCUAUCCAUCCUGCGUCAAUUCCGCAUCCUUCUCAGAUGUCCACUCAAGAGCCUACGCAGGCAUUCCUGCCACCUUCAUCAAUGCCACAGAAUGGCUAUGAUGAUUCAAUGGGGAGACCCGAGACGUUCAAAAUCAAGGACUCGAGUUCUUCAAGUGUACAUAUGAGUCAGAUCCCUCGCAAUCGCGAAAGUAACCCAACUGGACUGGAAGCUGGCGAAUCUCUUAGUUUAGAGAAUGGCUGGGAAGAUGAGGGCGAUCUUGAUCUCGACCCUCCGUCAUCCCCUAUUCAGCCUUCUCAAACACCGCGGCCUCAGGCAAAGCCUCUGCAACGGCCUCUGGAGACAAUUCCCACAAGCAGGGAAAGCGAGAUGACCACUCCUGCCUUAACUUCUGGGACCACAUCGUCUCCACCAGUGCAGCGACACUCCGACCUUGGGAAUGAUUCGGAUCCCGUUCAUGAUUCGCAACUAUCUCCUUCUUCCAAACCCAGGCGCUCAGGGCCUGUAAGGAGGCAAGAUAUGAGCGACGACUCCCACAUUCAAGGCUCUCAACCCUCGGACUCUCUCCCAUCCACACCCGACAAGCCUCCGCCCCUGCGGAAGCAGUAUUCCCCGAUCCCGGGUUUCAAUAACGAGACACAAUCGAACUUCACGCAGAAUGGGCACGUUACUGCUGCGUUUAUCCACCGCCAACGGGAGGCUGGACUGUAUCCGACGUGGUUUGUCCCUACGCCGUAUCAGGUACCGGGCUAUACAAGACGGAAGUAA